CGUAGGCGAAAAACAACUGAUGGCAGUCUCAUGGUUUACUUAGUAACAGAAGUCACGCCUUACUUAUUUAAACCAUGAGUACAGAAUGUUGAUGUCCAGAUGCCGUUAAACCGUGCUGCCACUGAGAUGGACUGCUUCAUAUUCCUCCUGCCUUUUCUCACAACUGUUUGUGCAGGCUUUACAGUGAGCAAACCCGUGGGUCGCGUGGUCGCGGUCCGAGGUCAGCCGGUCUUCCUGGACUGUGAGUUCACCCCUGACCCCACCUCUGACCUUUCGUCUUUGGUUGUCACAUGGCAGCGGGUGGAGGAUUCCCGCGUCAUCCACAGCUUCUAUUACCAACGGAAUCAGCUGGACUUGCAGAGCCCGGAUUACCGUAACCGCACGUCGAUGCUCGUGUCCGAGCUGAGGAAAGGCAACGCGACGCUCAGGAUCGAGCCGGUGGGGCCGAGAGACGUGGGCGGGUACCUGUGCACGGCGAGCAACGCCAAGGGCACGGAUGCGGCCCAGGUGUGGCUGGAAUACGGAGCCUUCUACACAGAACCGAGGCUGAGCGUUAAGACGAACUGCUCCACCGUCACGCUGCUUUACGAGGCGGAGGGUUUCCCAAAGCCGGAGGUCGGAUGGUUCGGGGAAGACGGAGCGGUCCUGAGUCACCACACCGAGCUCAGCGUCGACGCAGACGGGGCAGGUCGACCCGUGGGACUGUAUUAUCUAAAGAGCAGCCACGUGUCACAGAGUUCUUCCCUGAACGUCACCUUCACACUAAAGAACCAGCUCCUCGAUCAGAAUCUGUUCAAACCUGUCAGCAUCACAUAUGGUGGACAGAAUCACGUCUGUGAAGCGAACACUACCAUCCCCAUCGUGUGCCCUGCUGUUUUAAUUGUGCUGUGUCUCCUGUGUGCCCUGCUGUUUCUCUGCGUAAUCGUUCUGCUCAUAAAGAACCGGAGAACGGCUCGGCGUCGUUCGCAUAUGUUAACCAACGGCACCGCGAGCCACAACAACGGACACGAGCUGCUCCGGCACUGAGACCUGGACUUCUCCGAGAGGCCUACUCUGGCUCUGUGGUGGUCGGAGAGGUUGGAUGUGUCAUCACUUCACUUUUCACAGCGAUCUUUUCACAGUGUACUGGGCAGAAAUGAAAACGUAUUACACAGAUACUUAAAUAUUCCUCCGUUCCUACGAUGCCCUGCACAGGACGAAUGUAACUGAACACGUCGUGCUUUACGCUUAAUCCAUAAAGUCAAUCUUAUUCGCGUAGAGAGAGGGUUUAUAGUUACAACGCUUAAUGUAGAACUCUACAUGGUUCUUUAAUCAAUAACUUCAAGGGGGCUGCGCCAUCUAAAACGAGAGAAACAUGGGAAAGCGUGUGAGCGACAUGAAAACCAGGAGGAGUUAACUCCGUGUGUUUGAAUCGCUCUUAUCGAAACGUUACGAUGAUCGAAGCUGGAAGGAAUUCAUGACAUCACGCAGUACACCGAGUAAAAGGGUGAUUUUGUGUAGAGUAAAAACAGAACGUGGGAACACCGAGGCCGCCUUGAGCGACGUGUGUUUCAUUACAUAACCUUAGGGAUAAACAGAAUUGAGAAACGUUGAUAAGAGACAUUUACAGUAUCGUUGCGAAAGUAUUCACCCCCUCUUGGGUCCCCCCCCGUUUUGUUGCAUUACAACCUGGAAUUAAAAUGGAUUUUUUUUUUGUUUGUUUGUUUUCUUUGGAUUGUAAGUCAUGGCCCUAACAAAACUGUCCAAAUUGUUGAAAUGGAACGAGAAAACAAUAGCUUGUCUCAAAAAAACAAAAAAAUAGACCAAACUUCAAACAUCCCACCAUGCAAGAUUGAUGAGAAUCCAGACCACACGUCAAUUGAAAGAGAAGGAGCCUUGAAGAAUGGGCAAAAAUCCCUGUGGCUAUAUGUUCUGUACAUCAAAAAAAAUAUACUACUUCCAUAAAAACACGUGGGAACACAACAGGAAAAACACCCAGAGGGUAUGAAGGGAGCAUUUAUGGAUGGAGUCUGCAGUAUAAGUGCUUUAAGAGUUCCUGGGAUUUUCUAGCUUUUUGAGAACCUUUAGGCAGGUCAUGUUAGGCAGGAAUGUUUUCUCAACAUUUUCCUUUUAUACUCUGCUGAGGAAUUGAGGAAGAGAGCAUGAAUAAUUCAUUGAACAGGAAACCUGACGACUUCUUUUUUUUUUUAUGUGUUGAGACAGACAUGCUAUUGUGUGACAUGAAACACCACCAGAACAAGUCAUUCCUGCUGUGAACAAGGUGGCACACACAUCACUGCAGUCACUGGACUUGAAUGGACCGUUGGUUUUUGUUUAGUUUUUUUUUGGCUCGGGAUGUCAAAGAAUUCAGAGCGUUCCCUCAUGCUGUCCUAACAAAAGUUUUAAAAAACCUCUUCUGUUAUCUGGAACCAACUUUUUAUUUAUCUAGGUUGUGUGUUACAAAAAAAAAAGUGUGUGUGUGUGUGUGUGUGUGUGUAAAAUGGAGCAACCGGCCUGGUUUUUUUUUAUACUUUAAAGUAUUUAAACCUGUUUUAUACUGACUUUCCCAUGUCAUUAAUAAGCUCACUGUGUGUGGUGCGGUUAUAGGAAAACAUCAACAGCAGGGUGGUGCGAUGAAGCGGAGUCGGAGAACCACAUGAUUCCACCCUGAAGACCAUUCGUUUUCCUGUAACUGCAAGAAACAGGGUUUGUUCCUCUGACACUACAGCGAUUUAUCAACGCUAACCAUUUCAAUUUAUUAAAGAAUGACACAUCGUCUUUAUUAUCCGUUUAUGGUUACGUUUAACGUCGCGAAACCAGUUCUUGCUAAGGUUCAAGCAGUUACAAACGGUCGUUCCGUCAUCCGUCCCUCAUCAAAGCAUGAACUCAGCUGACUGGAAAAGUUUAAAAUAACAGCUUUGCCGCCGACACCGGAGAGUCCUUCCAUUAACGCUAUACAAACGCCUCAUUACAGGUCCCUGUUGACGACUACACAGGUUUUUAAUCUACUGUAACACCUUCUGACCAAUCGCUAUCCGGAAUCCGACGCCGCUGUAUAAUAAAAGUAGCUAGUCGUUAUACUGUAACGAAACCUAAUUUAGAAAUAAUAUGCCGGGAAAAACAGUCAUCUGUUUCUGAAUGUAGUUUUGAUUGAUAUAAUUUAUAGGUUUUAGAGACAUGUUGUUGUUGUUUUGUAAUACUUUGUAAUACUUUUCCUCAAUAAAAUCUAAGCGGUGGUUCUUCA